ACUCCUUUCUCUUCCUUCCCCAGAUCUGAAUUCAGGCGUGUGGUGGGUUAACGAUACAAGGAUGAUGUCAUCAGAGUCGCAGAAACUAUUUCAUUAUAAUCUUUUGUUUUUCUCUUGCUAACUUUCUAAAGGGAGAAACGUUUUAUUAAUUAAGCAUUCGGAACCUUUUGGAGGUACACUCUAUACAAAUAUUAUCAUCACCCACAUUCGCUGAAGCAGUUGGGGCUUAGACUUGUUAUGUAAAUGUUUACACAUUAUGACGCUGUGGCCCAAGAUCCACAGUGGGACAGCAAAGACAGCCCAGGAAGAAGCAUGAAGCCCCAGAGAGACAAUGGUUUUUGUAAAAGAAAGCCAAGGAGGACGGUGUUAAUAAAGAGAGAUUUAACUGAGAGCUGUGCUUGGAAUAAAGUGGGCUACAAAAAGGUCAAAUUUGAUCAGUUGGAGCAGAUUACAAGGGCUUUAAAAGGUGGUGUGGAGAAAUGAGCUGGGCCUGGGAAGUAAUAUAGUGCAAGAUUGAUUGGGAGGUGGAGGAAAGCCAGGACAAGUGCUUAUCAAUCCUAGAAGGAGGAAGAGCCCUGCUGGGCGCCCAGAGGCUCCUGGCCUGAGUCGAGGAGCCGGCCUGCGUUUCUCUCCUCGUCACCCAUCCCCUCAGCCCCUCCUCUCCGGAUUGGAUUCGCCUUCCACUGCCUUUUAGACAAUGGUUUCCUUAAUCUCUGACUUGGAUCCACUCAAAGACUGGAAAGUUUUAAGAGAGACAACCACAGAGUUAGCUGGAAGUCUACCAAGUAACGGCACAGCCAACAAGAUGAACGGCGCUUUGGAUCACUCAGACCAACCAGACCCAGAUGCCAUUAAGAUGUUUGUCGGACAGAUCCCCCGGUCCUGGUCGGAAAAGGAGCUGAAAGAACUUUUUGAGCCUUACGGAGCCGUCUACCAGAUCAACGUCCUCCGGGACCGGAGUCAGAACCCUCCCCAGAGUAAAGGUUGUUGUUUCGUAACAUUUUAUACAAGAAAAGCUGCACUUGAGGCCCAGAAUGCACUGCACAAUAUUAAAACUUUACCUGGGAUGCAUCACCCCAUUCAGAUGAAACCUGCAGACAGUGAAAAGUCAAACGCUGUGGAAGACAGAAAAUUGUUCAUAGGAAUGGUUUCGAAGAAAUGUAAUGAGAAUGAUAUCAGGGUGAUGUUUUCUCCAUUUGGCCAGAUAGAAGAAUGCCGGAUCCUCCGGGGACCCGACGGGCUGAGCCGAGGCUGUGCGUUUGUCACAUUUUCUACAAGGGCAAUGGCACAGAAUGCAAUCAAAGCCAUGCAUCAGUCUCAGACCAUGGAGGGCUGCUCUUCACCCAUCGUGGUGAAGUUCGCUGACACUCAGAAGGACAAAGAGCAAAGGCGCCUCCAGCAGCAGCUGGCACAGCAGAUGCAACAGCUCAACACUGCCACCUGGGGGAACCUGACAGGUCUGGGCGGACUCACCCCGCAGUACCUGGCGCUCCUGCAGCAGGCCACUUCCUCCAGCAACCUGGGUGCAUUCAGUGGCAUUCAGCAGAUGGCUGGCAUGAAUGCUUUACAGUUACAGAAUCUGGCGACGCUGGCGGCGGCCGCCGCCGCGGCCCAGACCUCAGCCACCACCACCAAUGCCAAUCCUCUGUCCACCACGAGCAGCGCCCUGGGAGCCCUCACCAGUCCAGUGGCUGCUUCAACUCCCAACUCCACUGCUGGUGCAGCCAUGAAUUCUUUGACCUCUCUUGGGACUCUGCAAGGACUGGCGGGAGCCACUGUUGGAUUGAAUAAUAUUAAUGCACUAGCAGGUACCAUAAACAUUGCUCAAAUGCUCUCAGGUAUGGCGGCUCUGAAUGGAGGACUUGGCGCCACGGGCUUGACGAAUGGCACGGCGGGCACCAUGGACGCCCUCACCCAGGCCUACUCAGGGAUUCAGCAGUACGCAGCAGCGGCACUGCCCACUCUGUACAGCCAGAGCUUGCUGCAACAGCAGAGCGCUGCGGGCAGCCAAAAGGAAGGUCCAGAGGGUGCAAACCUCUUUAUUUACCACCUUCCACAGGAGUUUGGAGACCAGGACAUUCUGCAGAUGUUCAUGCCUUUUGGAAAUGUUAUCUCUGCUAAAGUCUUCAUUGACAAACAGACCAAUCUGAGCAAGUGCUUUGGUUUUGUUAGCUACGACAAUCCAGUGUCUGCGCAAGCUGCUAUCCAGGCUAUGAAUGGCUUUCAGAUUGGCAUGAAACGCUUGAAGGUCCAGCUGAAGCGCUCCAAAAACGACAGCAAACCUUACUGAUCCUAACCCCAGAGGCUCCCUGCUCUUAUUUUAGCUUUCUUAGGGUAAGUCCCACGAGCCAAGCCUGUUCUCAACAGGAAAGGCAGAGGAGGACCACAAUGCCAACUUUUACCAAGAGAGACGGUUAUUUUUACAAUAAGGCUUCCAUUUCCCACUCCCACCCCCCAACCCAGUUCGCCAUAAUUAAAACUUGGGCUACCUUGUUUCUAUCAAGUAAACUCCUCCUCCAGUUGUGCCACUGUAUUCUCCUUUGUUUUGCAAUUUGAAUCUCCUUUUACUUUUUUCGUUUUGUUUUAGUUUUUGCUUUAAAAAAAAACCACACAUACACAAAUAAAAAUAAAUGACAUCUUGAGAAUUUAAAAGGCAAACAAAGGCUAAUGUGCAAUUCUAACUCUGAGACCCCUGGUCCCCCGAGAGCACUGCCUGGAGAAUUCACCCCUCCUAUCUGCGCCCACCCCCUAGGAGGGUGCCAGCUGAUUAGAGGCUAAGGCGGUGGCCCAGCUCCACAGAAAAGCAAGGAGAAGCACUUAAAACAAUACAAAACGUCUUUCCACUACAUUUGGUUUGUCUUAAUAAGUAGGAUUUUAUUUUAGGGUUCAAAGAAACAUGACUAUUGGUCAGAUUAUUACACUGGUUGUCUAUUUUGUUAUUGUUUUAUUUUAGUUUUUAGAAAGGAUUAAUGUAAAAAAAAGAUUUAGAGAUCUGUUUCUUAAAGCUACAGGGUUUAAAAAUAAAAUAAAAAUGAGUGAAAAUACUUGAUGUUUCUUGAAAGAUAAAUUUAAUAAUAAAUAAAUAAUACAUAAAUAAUACAUAAAUAAAAAAGAAAGCCACAGGCCUGUAAAUUUUAUUUGUAAAAAAAGCAUUUCUAUUUUUGUACAAAAUUUUUACUGCCUCAGAAAUAAUGGAAGUUAUUUAUUACCUAUUGUUAACUUAUUGGGUACCUAAAGAGCAGUUCUCUGUGCUAGCUAGAUCCUUUUGAAGUAGUCUCUAGAGGAAUCGUCCUAGGAAGGGGCUUUUUUUCACCAUUGAACCCUAGGCCUAAAGUUCAUGCUUUAUCCUCUUGUUGUUUGUAUCUGUCUGAUUAUUUUGUUCGUAACUUCCAUUAUCUAGUUUACAAUUCAGUCGUCUGACUUUCCCCGUAUGUUACAUUCGUUGAAACUGGAUCCUCUCCCCUGUCCCUUGCCAGCCCCUCACCCCAAACACCCGGAAUCCAUCCCCUCUCCCUCUCUGGAUGGAUUCUCUUGGGGUUCCAUUGUGCUGUGGAUAAAGACUGUAAGAAAUGCAAAUUAUGUGGAUGGCUCCUAGACUCCCUAAUGACCUAAGAUUUGCAUUAGUUUUUCUCCUGCACCCUUAAGAGUGAUUUUGUUGCUGCUGCGUAGAUUCUGUGUAACUUUUUACUCUCCCUUGUUUUCUCCCUAGACAUCUUCAUGCCCGUUAGGUCACCGUUUGCCUAGCAUGUCCCUGUGGCGUCUCAAAAAAAGUUUCAUCGUCCCGUCAUUGUUUCUGAUGUCUUUCUGACCUCACAUCAUAUUUGGUUCUCCUACUGACCUUUGAUCUAGUUUGACCUUUGAAAUUUGCAUGUGACCUCAUCUAGCUAUGAAUUCUGGGAAGUCAAUGUGAAAAACAUUGCUGCAUUCAUGCAAGACUGAAAUUUAUUAUUAGACAAAUUAAUUAUAGAAAAAAACCUGUGGCAAAAAUGUUUCUUUCUUAUUUUUUUUCUUUUCAUAAAACAGACUUGAAAGUAUUAUACAGGGAUUGGCAUUCUUCCCGGUCACUGGUAACAAUAGCAAUAUGUGUCCAGGGACACAGAAUGUUGGUUUCUAACAGACUACUUCCAAAAACAGUUUGAGAAAAAAAACUGUCUGAUUUUAAGUCUCUAGAGGUCUGUAAUAGUUUUUACAUUUUUCAGGCAGUGUAAAGUUUUUUGAUAAGGCCAUUUUAGGUGGCUCACUUUCUCAUUAAGAUAUAUAUAUAGAACCACUUUUUGUAGAUUAGUAUAAGAAAAAUAUUUACCCUGUUUUGGGGCAAAUGCUACCUAUUUGUGUCACCUUUUGCUGAACUGACUCACAGUUAGACAAUCCAUGGUUUAAUGCACAUGAAAUUACCUAUAUUUUAUACUGUCUCAAUGUACAGGAGAAAGGUUGCUGUGAACUGUGUUACGUUGGUGCUUCUGUGAAUUAAGUUGUGGUUUCAUCAUGAGUCUUACGGUCUUAAUGUUCUUUGUUGAUAAGACAAGUUUAGAAUUGGUUUACUUAAAACAAAAAAGAAUUUCAAAAAAAAGUUGUUUGCUUAAAAAAAAUUUCAUGUGAGGGGGAAAAAAAAACCUAUUCCAGAAUAAGUUUUGUGUUGGCUUGUAAAGCAUUGAUGUCAUUUUUUUUUUAUUGUGGACUAUUUAGAUGUGUUUGUGUUCAGCAAAAUGUGAUUUUUUUUUCUUUUAAAGAAAAAAAGUGAAAAUAUAUAGUGCCAAAUUCCAAAGGUACUUCCUUCCUAGAGCUUCAGUGUGUUUCUUGUGAGAAGUAAUUUGAUAACAUGGGUAUUUUAUUAUGUGUUUUGUAUAAAUCCCUAAUAUUUAAAAAACAAAAAACAAAAAAAAGAGGUUAAAAAGUUUGUUAACUUGCUAUCCUGUGGUCUUGUUGCCUGAAAUUGUUAUUGUUUGUUAUUUCUCUAUGAUGUUUUUUGUAAGACAUUGUAUAAGUGCCCAUGUCUCACUUUUUUAACCACUCUGCACAUCAAUGCUGUGACGGCAACCUCACAAUGUAUUUUCUUCAUAAUAUAUGGAAACCUCUAAGGUGAGAAAGUUUUGAACUUUUAACCCUUUCUACCCAGAGCUAUCUGGAAUGUUGAUAACUUUUUAUACGGUCAUCAUUUUAGUUUGUUUUGGGGUGUUGCUAAGUUGGAUUUUUUUUUCCUGCAUAUAUCUUCUCUUUGAGUUUUUUACUUCACUACUUUCUUAUCUUUGGUUUGAGACCCAAAAGAAAAAAACUCCACCAGGCAAAUCUGAAGGAAAAAAAUAGACUUUAACCCUCUCCAAUUUCUUUUCCCUAUAUCUUUUUUUUUUUUUUUUUUUUUUACUUUGUAUUAUUUCUGGUCGUUUUAAAAAAAAAAAAGAAUUCUUAAUGUGCUGCUGGAAUUUCUUCUUCAGUUUUCAUUUAAAACAGUUUAUCAGAUAAACCUUCUGAGGGGAUGGUAGAUGGGUUCAGCACCUAAAUAAACCUUAAAGUCUGUACGCUUUUGAGAUCAGGAUUAGUGGCAUGUUCUAGUUUAGAGUAUUUUCAAAUACCGUCCAGUUAAACAACAGUCUUUUGAGGGACUUUUGCUUUUGUUUCUUAAAUACUCCUAAAUAAUCAGCCAUUGUGCUGGGGAGUCUCUGACCCCUGUGGACACCUGAAUAAGCAAGGUGUCUGGAGUUAGAAGCCCUGCCUUUUCAUUUAUCUUUUUUUUUAAUGAAAUGCAUUUAGGGGGACUGACCAUCUAAGUAAAACUCAGUUCUUUAUCACAGACACUGACCAAAUACCCAGCACCAGUUCCUGCUGCCACUUUUUAAAAGUGCCAUAUUACUUUGACUUCACGUGAACAGAGCCCCUGCUGUCUUGACAAACCCCAGUGUCAUCCCUAGGGCCCCAACGCCAACUCCUGCCUUCCUGAAGCUUCUUUGUCUCUGACGGAGUUCAGAACUGCUGGCUCCCGUUCCUUCCUCCGUUUCCCACUCUCCACCCUCUUUGGUUUAAUGUGUGUGGAUGUGAUAGCCCUGGGAUGGAAAGGACUAGCCUCUCAUGAUGCAAAAAACACAAAAACAAGUUUCCUUCUUAUAGCACAUGCACUUCUAAUGAAAGGAUUUGUAUUAUCCUCACACGUGUUUACUACUGCUGGGGCCUUCCUUCAUCCUCUGAGGGCUAUUUUGUACUUCCUGCAGCAAUCAGCUUCAUAACAAAAGUUACCACACCUGGCUCUCAUAUCCAUCCUGCGGUGGUGUGUAGAUACACACAGAGGAACACAAGAGAACACCAUUUGAACUGCUGAAGGCUGUUCAUUCAGAAUCUCUUCAUUUAUCAAUUACACAUAAAUCUCAAAAUCCAUUUUGUCUGAUUUCCUCCCUGAAGGAAACUGCCCUCCUCCGCCCUCAUUUCCUUUCACUCAGCGCAGCUGGCAGGAGGCUCAGGGUGGGCACUCGGAGCUGUUUCUUAUUCUGCAGGCAACCAAGACAGGAUAUUUAGGAUUUAGGGGGAAAGUCCUUUUUUUUUUUUUUUUUGCAUGUUUCAUUGUUAAAAAGAUAACCCUCCUCAGAGACAAGUUGUCCUUUUAUUCACUUUAUCUUUUCAUAUCAAAAGGAAAAAGCUGCAAGGGUGCAAAGGGCCCAUGCCAGAAGAAACAACACACAGGGAAACUGCUUUUUUAAAAAUCAAGCGUAGAGAAUAGUCAUUUUUAAACUAAAUUAGAGAAUUGUGAUAAAAUGGCAGUCCUCAAGGCGUAACAAGUUCAUCUUUCUUUCACCAUAGGGGUUAGAGUUCUUUGGCUUGUGCUACUCUGGAAUCAUUUUACUGUUUCUGUUUUUAUUAUCUUAAGUGCUAAUUAACAAGAAAAAAUAAAAUUUUAAAAAAACCUGUAGUUUCAUUACCUUUUUGAAUAAUGUCAUACAAAAAAUGUAUUUGUGUUUUUUUUGUGCUGUGAGAAUUGUUGUUUGUAGAUUAACAAUAUUUUGUUUAGAAUUACAAAAUAGUUUUUAAAUAUUGUCUGAGAAAAGCCAAAGUUAAUGCAACCUAGUGGAAACUGUAAGACCAUUUGAGUAUUGUUUCUGUUUUAUUGAUGCAUUUGGAUUUUGUUGUUUGAUGGAAUUUGAGCCAAAAAAAAAAAAAAAUGCAGGCUUUCCUAUUUCUACAAUUGAUUGUACUUAUGCAUUUUGUACCAGUGGAACUUUUUAUACUGGAGAUUAAAAAAAUGGAAAUUUUUGUGGCUUACUCUAGUGGGCCCCCUGACAAUGACUGAUUUCAAGUUUGAUUUCUGGUUGAUAGAAAGAAAGUUGCUUUUCUUUUGAGAAUUAAAAACUUUGGCUUGAUUUCUUUUUCCCUUUGCUUAUAUCUAGCAUUAGAAUUUUGUCUUAAAAUACAGCGGUAAGUUUCACUUUUUAUUCUGUAUUGUGCAGUUACACAAUAAGGUAAUUAGAUUUAGAAGUACUCAGUCACUUUAAGUGGAUAAAUGUAUUAGUUAAAACUUUAGGGGUUUGCUUUUUUGCUGUUUAGAACAAAGUUUUUUCUGAUUCUUCUGUCCUCAUUGUGAACAUAACCGUGUAGUUGAAACAGUCAAACUUAUUUUUGUAACGUAUGUUAUUGUGUGAUGCGGUUUUUUGCUUCUGUCUCCAAUAUUAAACCAUUUUCCUAAUACUUGUUUCUCUCUCUGCGUGUUGUAUUGUUGGUAGUCAUUAUAUGUUGGUGAUACAUCUACACACCUCACUGUUGCACGUAUCUGUUUUUUUUCUCUAUGUUGUGUAAAAGAUACAGUCGAUUCCACCUAAGUGAAUAUCUGAUUUGGGGAAAAGGGCAACUGCACACCAGCCACCUCUGAUUUAUGUACAACAGCCCACUUUAACUACUGCUUCCAAGAUUUAUACUUUUUUCUAUGGUUCAUCUAAAUAACUGCCUACAGAGUUGGAUUUGCCAAGACCUUCGACGGUCUUCUGACCACACUGGUAAAUUUCACCUUCUCUUCUCUCCCCGUCUCGCAUGGGUAUAUGCAUGCUGUUCUUAACAUGCAUUAAAAACUGCUGCUUUGCUGCAUAACCUCAAUAAACUUAAGAAGAAGAGCAGCAGAGCGGGGGUUUCUUUCAAUCCACUCACCAUUACAGUCAAACUCUUCUUAGACACUAAUAACAUUUUUAAAAGAGGUGAACUCUCGAGGGAAGAAAAAAUAAACUUAGCUGGUGAAUAGCAGGUGUGCAAAGGUUAAACUUAAGUCUGUGUGUUGCCAUCAAUCGAUCGAUACGUAUAGAAAAGUAACUUAAAUUAUUCAUUUUCAAGAGCUAAUUGAAUCCAGGAGCAGCUUUAAUUAUUAAAGCUAAUGGAAAAGAAAAGAACUAUUUCCAAGUGCUCAAAUGGAAGCUCUACUGGGUCGGGUGGAGUGGGAGGGGAGGAGUUAAAGGUUCUCAUACUCAAGUCUUCAUCACAUACCGUCCAUUUCCAAAUGAAAGCUAAGAAAGCCACAUGCAGCCACACACUGCCUCCUGAAUGAACAUGUAUUCUUUAAAAAGCCUUGUCCCCCACUAUCACUCCAACCCCAGUUAUCAAAGAGAAUUAAAGAAAAAACGAUUCCUUAGACGCCCUCUAAAACGGAAGCCACAGGCCCUCCUCCUCCUUCUGCCCAUCUCUUAUGCUCAGGAAUCUGACUGCUCUCCAAGUGCUCUUACAAGAUUCCAUUGAUGUUUGCUCCCUAUGUCUUAUCUCUCCUUCCAACUUUGCAGACGCACAAGCUCCAUCUAACUCAGGCCACCCAGCACCUGGCAGCCUUCUGGCAGCCAAUGAGAUUUUCCCUGAAGGUGCUCAGGCCCUCCACCCUCUGGUUUCCGCAGCCCCUCUGGCCCUAGAUUGUCUUUUCUUGUUGGCUCAGCAACAGAGGGGACUGGUGAGGUGAAGGAGAGGAGGCUCUUUUCCCCCAGAGGCCGAACACCUCAGUGAGUGACUUCCACCAGCUCCAAACCUGCACACAUAGGAGCUGACUUCCUGCCAAUACUUCUGCUUUAAAUCUCAUCAGAGCCUUCAUGAGUUUGCCUCUGAAAACCCACUGCUUAUGUUAGUGGGAAAAGAUGGCUACGGGUGUGAUUUCUUUUUUUCUUUCUUUUUUAUUUAUUUGGUGGGGGGUGUGAGGGAGGGGAGAAGGGGGGAAAGAGGGUGACCAGUUCUUUCCAAGAUGCAAGUGUUUAUUUUAAAAUAUAUAACUUAUAUACAUCCAGCCUUUGGCACAAGGCAAAAUACUCAUGCUAAGUAAAAGAAGGGAAAGACAAAGCCAGUUUUUUUUGUUGUUGUUUGGGAAAGCAACAACAAAACCAAUAAUUCUCCAAAGAAGGGGACAAAGAUGCUAGUUCCCUCCAGCACUUAGGACUGUCAAGUUGGUCCCUGCUUAAAUUCAUCCUUACCAUUUGGAUUCUGUAAAACCCCGCUGCAGUGUUAGCAAGGUGUGUCUGUUUGCCAUGCAUGGACCACCUUGGGAAAUUACAGAAUUGUCAACGUUUACCUUGCUGAUGGAAGCCACACGUCUGCCCAGCCCACAGCAGUUACGUGCAACCCAUGGGCUGGGCCUCUUAGCUGGCAGGCUAGGAAACACAGUGAACAUAAAUGUACUGUGAAUCGUUCCUGAUAAGUGAAUAAAACAUUGUGACCAAACAAUCAGCUUAUUCACUUAUCAGGAAUCGACUGUUCUGCUAAUUCGCUGUUCUUGUUUUUCAUCUCUGUUGUAGUUCACUAUUUUUGCUGUGUUCUGUUUUCUCCUCUCAUGCUUGGGCAAAAUCACUGGGAAUAUUAUCUUCAUGUGACCAUGAAACGUUUAUAUCGAGUGAAAAUGAUAUCUUAACAAAAUCUAUGCACUUGCUAUCAGGAACACAAUACUGGAUGUGUCUUAUAUAUAUUGAACUAUAUAGUACUCGAUUUCUUAAAUAAAGCUUAAGAAAGGA